AUGUCGCACUCAGAGGAACUGGCUGUCCUGACAGAUGAUAACCUGGUUGACUUCCUUCUGAAGUAUGAAGCUACUUACCCUCAAAUCCCAGCGGAGGAGAAUCCUGAAAUGCCAGCGGAGGAGAAUGGUCUGCUGGAAAACUUGACCCUGCCAGAGCCUGACCUCCUGGACAUGGAGAUAGAUGACUUCUUCAGCUUCCUGCUGAGCUCUUGUGAAGGUGAACUAGACAUGUUGCAGGAUUAUUUGCCUGCUGACAGUGACAACAGUGUUUCUGAGGAUCAGCAUCUGUUCCGUAGCCCUGGAAAUGGCUUUGCCACCAGGCCUUCAAGCUCAGACGUUAUAAAGGAUGAACACAGCUAUUCCCUCCAUGGGAAUUGGCCUGUGCUGGAAAGCAUGAGAUCUGAAACGUCAGAACAAGAUGUUUCCAAUGACCUUGGAGCAUGGAUGGGUUUGGAAGGCACAAGCAAGGCACUGGAACAGAGCUCCAGUCUCCCCGUUGCUGUUGAUGCCAGACCCCAACUUGUGCCUGGAUCCGUCACGCAGUCCAACUUCCAAGAGCUGAUCCUGAAAGAGAAGGAGAGGCAGGUCCCGGAGAAAACAGGUUGUUCGUUACCAUCGCGUCUGCAGCAGACCAAAACUGAAGACCAUCUUCUGAAGAAGGUGCGUCGAAACAUCAAGACCAAGCGGUCAGCCCAGCGUAGUCGCGGCAGGAAGAGGAUGUACAGGAAGGACCUGAAAAAAUGGGUAACACUCUGCACAGCUCAGUACCACAGGCUGGAGAGGAAGGUCCAGCGGCUGCAGAAGCAGAACAUGUCAGUGCUCAAGCAGUUGCGGAAACUGUGGGCCUUGGUGAGACGAUCCACCGCUGAAGCUGCUGCAGCAAAAGCCUACACCAUGGUCAUGGUUCUGUCCUUGUACCUCAUCGUCUUCCCCAACAGCUGCUCACUUGAGAACGGAGAGACACAGCUGGAGCUUGGAGAGCUGUUACAGCAGAUCCACGAGUUCGUAAACCAGGUAGCACCUGAUGUGCAGGAGUACACUAUCCUGGAGGGUUUCAGCCUGGAGCCUGAGGACGCCUCUCUGUUGGGUAGCCUCAAUCUAUCACAGGAAGAGGGGCAGAGUCCACCCAACCCCAAUCCUAGAUCUUUCAACAGCAACUUGUCCUCCAGCACUCUGGUGGCAGUGAUCUCCGAGCCGGGCCCUCCCCAGCCUCAGGAGCAGCACUCCCAGAGUGACCCUCUGCUGGCAGCGGUGCUGGCGAUGUGGGAGGCCAGGAGGCAGGAGUGGGUGCAGGGUGCUGCUGAAGUUGUCAUCCAGCAGCAGCAUGCUGAUGGGUUGUAA